GUUCCUUUGGAUAUUGGGAGACUAGCAACAGGAUAUGGAAUGAGAGUCUUUUCAUUUGUGGUUCCUAUCUUCGUAGCAGAAAUCUCACCAAAAGAACUCCGAGGAGCCCUCACUAUAUUAAAUCAGUUCAUGAUUGUUCUUGGGGCAUCCGUGUCAUUCGUAAUUGGAACAGUACUUUCAUGGAGGGCUUUAUCUUUAAUUGGACUUAUUCUCGCUGCUGUGUUGCUUUUGGGUCUAUUCUUCAUUCCAGAGUCUCCUAGAUGGCUUGUAAGUAAUAAAUUUCUAUAAAAAAUUUAAAAUAUAAAGUGUUUAGCACUACACCAAGAGUGCUAAUGAUUGACGCAAUUACAAGUGGACCAAUUGCUGAUUUCGUCGGCCGAAAGUGAAGACAUGGAUGAUACAAGAACAAGAAGAAGAGGUAGUAGCAUUACAUACAAAUUAAGCUUUAUAUCUGAUGGUAAGCAAUUCUUUUUUCAUGACAAUACGAAUUGGAUGCUGGGAGAUAGAAAUAUCAUCUGACUUUUGAAUAGUUAGGAUAAAUAAAAUCAAAAGUUUACAUGUCAAUUAAUGUUUUGACUUUUGAAUAAAUUCAGUGAACUAGGUUGGUGCAUUUAGUUGUAAACCUAUAAACAAUUAAACAUUUUGCUUCCUCAAUCUAGAGC